UUCCCAAUUCGUCACGAGGUUUAGGGUUCUUCGAUGAAGCGCAAGCGAGAGAAUGGGGAUUCUGGGAAGAAGGCGAAGGAGAAUGGCGGCGCUGCGCAUCAAGUAUCAGGGAUUUGUGAUGGCCUGGAGAAGCGGCAGCACUCCGGGAGGAAAGAUUCACAGAAGAAAUCCACGAGUGUUCUAGACAAGAUGCGGCAGAGGCUUUCCGGCGGCCAAUUUCGCAUGCUCAAUGAAGUUCUCUACACUCGCAGUGGAGAAGGAGCUAAAGACUACUUUGAUAAGGAUCCCGACGCUUUCAAACUGUACCACGCAGGAUACCAAGAACAAAUGUCUCGAUGGCCCAAGCUUCCAGUCGAUGUGAUCAUCGAGUGGCUAAAUUCCAGAAACUCCAACUUGGUAGUCGCGGAUUUUGGCUGUGGUGAUGCUAGGCUCGCCAAAAGCGUCAAGAACAAAGUUUUUUCAUUCGAUCUUGUUUCCAAUGAUCCUGUAGUCACCGCGUGCAACAUGGCCAGUACGCCUAUUCCCAGUUCCUCAGUGGAUGUAGCAGUGUUUUGCCUGUCCCUCAUGGGAACGGAUUAUCCAAGCUAUCUCAAAGAAGCUCAUCGUGUUCUAAAGGCCAAAGGAUGGCUCUUGAUAGCAGAAGUGAAGAGCCGCUUUGAUCCUGCAAACCACGGCGCCGAUCCUCAAGUUUUCCUCAGGGGAUUGAAAUCCCUUGGCUUCAGUCUCGUCAAACAGGAUGAUUCGAACAAAAUGUUCUUACUUUUCUACCUCCGCAAAGACAAAGACGAUCGUUCUUCCUCCAAGAAACUCUCUUGGCCGGAGCUCAAACCUUGCCUCUACAAAAAGCGCUAAAAACUUUUAAAGCCCAAUGAUCACGGCCACGAAGAUUAUUCUUUUCGUACAUGGUAGAUCCUAUGGACAUUCAUCUUAAAUUACGUGAAUUUAAAUCCCGAUUUAGGGCAACUCAAUUAAACUUA